CACCAUAGCAUUUCCCUUCAAAUACCUACGAAACGUUUACAAAUAUUCAUUAAUAAUUUUUUACUAUCAAAAGUCAAAAUCAGAAUCGAGUAAACUAUCUGUUAAUUUCUUUCCUUGUUUUCUAAUUAGCUCCCCUGUUAUGGAGUUGAGAGACAGCCCUGAACCAUGAGCCAUGGAAGAUCUCAUGGGCUUGCUGCGUGGCCACGUCCCACGCGCCCAUCUCCUCCAAAUUCAUGCGCGCCUUCUCCAGCUCGGCGCCCACCGGGACAACCUCGUCGCCACGCGCCUCAUCGGCCACUACCCUCCAAGCUCCGCCCUCAGAGUCUUCUACAGCCUGCAAAACCCUAACAUAUUCCCCUUCAACGCCGUCAUCAGGGUUUUAGCCGACGAGGGCCUCGCAUCGAAAGCGUUUUCCAUCUUCAAGGAGCUCAAAAACCGGCCCCUCUCGCCCAAUGGCCUGACAUUUUCUUUCCUCCUCAAGGCUUGUUCCAGUAAUCAAGGAUUUACGCUCGGCACACAACAUGUUCGAUGAAAUGCCCGAGAGAAAUUCAGUUCGUCGUUGGACGUCCUUGAUUUCGGGGUACGCAAAGCGUGGAUUAGCCGACGAAGCAUUAAAUUUAUUUCUUCGGAUGUUGAGUGAAAAUUUGUGUCCAGAAAAGGAAACGAUGGUUAGCAUUUUAUCGGCAUGUUCGAAACUAGCUACUCUGUAUAUUGAGAAAUGGGUGAAUGUACUCACACAGUGUUUGAAUGAAUCCAAGUGUGAUACCUCGGCUCGUGAUCAUGUUAAUACUGUGCUGGUUUAUCUGUACGGAAAAUGCAGAAAGGUCGAAAAAAGUCGAGAACUGUUCGAUGAAAUUUCAUCCCACGGUAAAACGAGCGUCCUUUCUUGGAAUACAAUGAUAUGCACAUACGUAAAGAAUAACCGUCCUCUGGAGGCUCUGACCGUUUUCAAGCUAAUGAACACAAAUUACGAUUGUGCCCCCAACCACGUCACAAUGGUCAGCGUCCUCUCGGCCUGUGCCGAAAUCGGUGACUUCGAACUCGGAAAGUGGGUGCACGAAUACGCGAAAACCGAAGGUCGAAAGGGCGUAUUAUCAUCAAACGUGAUUCUUGCUACCUCAUUAAUCGACAUGUACACAAAGUGUGGCGAUUUGCAUUCGGCAAAACACGUUUUUAACCAAAUAACCUCAAACGACGUGGUCUCGUACAAUGCCAUGAUCAUGGGCCUCGCUGUAAACGGCGAAGCCCAUGAAGCUUUAAAACUCUACUCAAGAAUGCACGAUCUAUAUUUACGUCCGAAUUCCGCAACUUUCCUCGGAGCACUAUGCGCGUGCAGCCACUCGGGCCUUUUAGAGAGAGGGCGCGAAAUUUUCCACACCAUGAUAAGGGAAAAUUCAGCUUGCCCCGGACUUGAACAUUACGCGUGCUAUGUGGAUCUUUUAUCGAGGUCCGGUUUUAUCGAGGAGGCUCUUGGUGUAGUGAGCUCUAUGCCUAUGGAGCCCAAUAACUUUGUGUGGGGUGCUUUGCUUUCGGGCUGCAUGCUCCACAACAGGUUGGAAUUGGCCCAGAAUGUUUCGGCCAUGCUUGUGGCAGUGGAUCCCGAAAACUCGGCUGGCUAUGUUAUGCUGUCAAACACAUUAGCUGCCGAUAGUAAGUGGCGUGACGUGUUGAAGUUGAGGGGGUUAAUGAGAGAUAAACGGGUUGUUAAGCAACUUGGGAGGAGUUGGAUCGAUAUAGGUGGAAUCGUGCAUGAAUUUGUUGCUGGGCGUGGCUCGUUUGGUGAGACCGAUGGGAUUCGUGAGAUGAUGGAGUCUUUGUUGAAAGAGAUGAGAUUGUCUAGCUCAUAAGGCAAGGCUUUUUGAUACCCUCAAAUAGUUUUCUUGAAUUGAAAUGGCAUCUGAAUUUAGGAUUUCGUUCAUGAUGGAUUUUGGUGGAUUUAUGUUGGUACAUGGCGGUAGGGCUGUUAACGAACCGAAAGUUCGCAAACAAAAGCUCGUUCGUUUGGUAAUCGAGUUGAGUUCGUACGGAAAAUUAGGCUCCUUUAAUAAUCGAAGGAACACGAGCUCGUUCG